AUGAAAUUUUUUAAUGUAAUUACUGCCACUAUAUUAUUAACAGGAGCUAAUGCUUUCUUAUUUGGAGGAUUAGGAGGUGGAGGUGGAUCAAGUUGUUGUCCUCAACCUAGUUGUGGUUCAUCAUGUAGUAGUGCAAGUUCUUGCGGAUCAUCUUGUGGUGGUGGAAGUUCUUGUGGAUCAUCAUGUGGUGGUGGAGGUAGUUCUUGUGGCUCAUCAUGUGGUGGUGGAAGUUCUUGCGGAUCUUCAUGUGGCGGUGGAAGUUCUUGCGGAUCUUCUUGUGGUGGUGGAGGUGAUUCAUGUGGAUCUUCAUGUGGUGGUGGAGGAAGUUCUUGUGGAUCUUCAUGUGGUGGUGGAGGAAGUUCUUGUGGAUCAUCAUGUGGUGGUGGCGGAGGAAGUUCUUGUGGAUCAUCAUGUGGUGGUGGCGGAGGAAGUUCUUGUGGAUCAUCAUGUGGUGGUGGUGGAGGUAGUUCUUGUGGAUCAUCAUGUGGUGGUGGUGGAGGUAGUUCUUGUGGAUCAUCAUGUGGUGGAAGCAGCGGAUGUUCUGCUCCAGCUCCUGCACCAAGUUGUGGAGGUGGAUGUUCUGCUCCAGCUCCUGCCCCUGCUCCAAGUUGUGGAGGUGGAUGUUCUGCUCCAGCUCCUGCUCCUGCUCCAAGUUGUGGCGGUGGUGGUGGUGGAUAUUCUGAACAAGCUCCAGCUCCUGCACCAAGUUGUGGUGGAGGUGGUGGUGGUGGUGGAUAUUCUGCACCACCUCCAGCACCUAGUUCUGAUUGUGGAGGUGGAUCAUCUUAUUCAGCUCCUGCUGCUCCUCCACCAAUGCCAGUUCAAGCUCCUGCACCAUCUAUGUCUUCAUAUUCAGGCGGUCAAGGUGAUGCUUCUUCCUACUCAGGUGGAGGAGGCGGUGGAGCUUCUUCCGGUGGAUAUCAAAGUGGAGGAGGUGGUGGUGGAGCAUCUUCUGGUGGAUAUCAAGGAGGUGGUGGUGGAGCAUCUUCUGGUGGAUAUCAAGGUGGAGGUGGUGGAGCAUCUUCAGGUGGAUAUCAAGGAGGAGGUGGUGGAGCACCUUCUGGUGGUCAACAAGGAGGAGGCGGAGGAUCUGCUGGAUACCAAGGUGGAGGUGGUGGAGCUCCAUCUGGUGGUGAUUCUAGCAAUUAUCAAGGAGGAGGACAAGCUGCCGGUGGAGGAGAAGCACAAGGAGGACAACCAUCUGGAGGAAUGGGAAGUGACUAUCAAGGUGGUGAAGGUGCUUCUCAAACUGGAGGUGGUGGUUCACAAUAUCAAGGCGGUGGUCAAGGAGGUGGUGAUGCAGGUGCUGGUGGUCAUCAAGGUGGUGGUUCUGAUUAUCAAGAUCAAGGUGGUUCAGAUUACCAUGAUAAUGGUGGUGCUGGUGGACAGGCUGUUGGAGGUGGACAAGCUGGUGGUGCUGGUGGUGCUGGUGGAGGAAGUGCAUAUUCAGGCAGUCAAUCUGGUGGAGCACCUCAAGCUAGUGGAUAUGGUGGAGGUUUUUCUAAAAGGCUUCGUGUUGUUGCUAAAGCAUUACAUUUUAAUGCUUAA